UCCUCUCGCGAAUGGCCGACGAGAGCGUCGUGAUCGAGGUCGCCGGCGUCCUGACGGACCCGGCCUUCCAGCGCAUGCGCCAUCUUGCGCUCGCCCUGCGCGAGCACGUGGACGGUGUCUCGCUCUUGAUCAAAGCCCUCCUCGAAGUCGACUACGCGCCAUUCUUGUACAAACAAGGCCUCUUUCAAGAGUUUCCGCACCAUCCUGCCAGUGCGCCGAUCGCGUUCGUGCCGCCGUCGCCGUCUGAUGCAUCGAGCUCGACGGGCAACACGUACAUUGGUGACGCCGAAGCGUUCGCAGAGUUUUGCGCCAUCAAGUACGGACUGCCCGAGACGCUCUCGGACUCGGACGCGAAAGCCCUGGCCGACGACGCGUGGCGUACGUACCGCGAGCGGUCGGGCCAUGCAUUUUGCUACCUCAAGUUUGCCGUCGACGAGCACGCUGUGACGCCGCGCGACGAGCUUGUCGUCUUGGAGCUCUAUACGGACACGUGCCCGAAAGCGUGCGAGAACUUUGCCAAGCUCUGCGACUCGGGCUACGCCGGUCUUCCCGUGCACCGCAUUGUCGCUGGCGGCUGGAUUCAGUCGGGCGACGUCGAGCACCAAGGUCGGGGCGACGGCCGCGGCGGCUGCGUCGUCGCUGCCGACGGCGUCUUUGAAGACGAGACCUUUUGCAUCUCGCACGACCAACCUGGCAUCCUCUCGAUGGCCAAUGCAGGCCCCCACACGAACGGCGCCCAGUUCUUUAUCACGCUCGCGCCGCUACCGUGGCUCGACAAGAACAAGGUUGCCUUCGGUCGCGUUGUCCGUGGUCUGCAGACUGUCCACGCGGUUGGACGACUGCAAACCGUCAACGAGCGACCGAUCACGCCGUGCAUCAUCACCGAAUGCGGUCGUCUUCCUCUCUGAGCCACAUCUUCUCGUGUCACGACGCUACAUCAACGCGGGAUCAAGAGGGUGUCGUAUAAGAUAAAAUAAGAAAUGGCAGUUGCUGCUGUCUAUAUGCC